CAACAAUUGAUUAGUCAGGGAUAGAAACUCAAACUAAACCACUGUCACGAAGAUCACUUGCAGGAUAUUUUCUCACGGUGAAUAAUAGCGUUUCUGCUCUUUUGCUCGUUCUUCCCGAUCCCGAAUUAGUUUAUCACUGAACUGGUUACAACGUACCUCUAGUGUGUGCGUUGAUUAGGGCGAGUAAACUUAAAGCCAAACGACCUACAAUCUAGCCCCUUCAUACCUUUUUGAAAAACUGAAUCUUUGUCGUUUUUCAGGAUGCUCUUGUAUUUGCUGAAGGGAUAAACAUACAUUUGUUUUAGUUUAUCAAACAGGACAGAAGCAUCACAGAUAGACACGAGUGGCUAUAUAAGAGCUUCCAUGAGAACAUGACACUCAGUACGUCUAAAGUAAGAGGCUAAGAUCUUUAUUGUAGACGUGCUGUUAUCAUCGCGAUCCUCGAAGAUAGGACAACGAACUUCUUUCGAUUCGAAUAAUUAUGGAUUGAUCUGUUCGCGUUCUAGAGUUUGAAUCAAAUAAAAAUGUAGAUCUAAACAAUAGGGCAAGGAGUACUUAGUCAAUUACGUGUUGCUAAAGCGACUUACGUUUUAACUCCCCACUAACCCACCCAUAAUGCCUGGAAGGUCGGCGCGCGUCCAAGCCUUGGUCGCUGACCGGCAAACGACAACGCUUGCUUUUACACCUUUUUCAGAACAGUUGCGCGAGGCUUCGAGUACAGUCAAAAGACCGACUCGUUCUAGCCCCUUGCUUAGCGACAAUUCCGUCCGUGUGUCCACACUUGGAGGGUUAGACUCAGACCAAAAAAAGAGCUGUUGCAGAUAGUCUUGGCCUCGGUGCCGACUUUACACUGCGCGAUCAAGUACUACAAAAUUUCUCUUGCGGAAAAGAUACCGAUGCGAGCGUAGCACAACCCCCGCCUACAGCAGUCCCACCCCCCCUUGCUACGGAAGAAGAAGAAUUAGCAGUUCUAGCACCUCCGCCAGAGAUUUUGGACCAAGAUUUGCAUAAUAGAUCCAUGGAAGCAAUGGCUGCUAUUCUGAACAAGGAAGGAGUUGAGAGCAUCGCACCGGAACAGAGUGACGCUGGAGCGAGUAGUUCUAGUAGUAUUCUAAAGCAGACUAGCCCAAAAGGCCAUGGACGCCACUUCUCACGCGGGAUUGUGCAUAAGCCAGGUGACGCUUUUGCUCCAACCGCUAGACGCAUUGGUCCGGGAGAGCUGGUUGACUGGAAGAGCGCACUUAACACUAUCCGAGAGGACGUGGAAAACCAUCCUCAUAGGCUUCCCGAUACAAUCCCGCUGGUGGUGACCCAAAUCAAGUCACCGACAAGAUAUGUUGAUGAUUUAACGAACGAAAUCGCGGAGUUCGACUUACAAUCCCGGCUGUCGGCAACAACAAUUAGAUCCUACAAGUCGGGGUACAAGAAGUAUGUAGAGCUUAUGCUCAUGCUAGGCAGAGAUCCUCAUCCACGAUAUAUCGAGGUCAAAGGAGUUCAACUUUUAGCACAAGCCUUCCAGAAAUGCAAGGACUUUAAGCGAUCCAAAGCCCAGAACAUGGAAUACGUCAAGUGUUUUGCGGAUCUGAUAAAGACCGUUGACGGUCCAGUUCGGAAAUCGUUUUUGCAGAUCGCGAGAAUGUUUUUGCGUUCGGCGCCUAACCAGUUUCAACAGCAAGGGAUUCGACUUAGGCACAUAAUGACCUUAGUCCUUCAUUUUACCAGCGCCCCGUUGGCUACGAUUCAGGUGGGAUCUCAGAGUUUUCAAGCAGUACCCUUUCUACGUUUCGCGAUCUUCUGUUGGUUUUUCAUGAUGAGGCUCGAUGAAACGUCGACUUGCGAGAGGAGAAGAGGCAGCAAUUCAAUUAUUCUGACUGUUGUCUCGGCUAAGAACAACCAAUUCGGCGUCAGCAGACAAGUUGUCGAAUUAGGAUGUGCAUGCGGGCAUUCUCCUUCAUUGGGGAUGGAUUUUAUCCAGAUAUGCCCCAAGUGCUGUUGCCCGGAAAAAGACUUCCUCUUUUUUGCUAACACACCGCCAAGGACCCUUCUCAAGCUGAUGGAAGGACUGCUUCAACUAGCUAACAUUGCUAAUCCUGUAGUGCAGUUAGGCGAAGACGAAUAUAAGAAAUCGAUCAUGUUGCAUUCGCUGCGGAUAGGUGGAGCACGCUCUGCUGCAGACGGCGGUUUAACAGAUUCUGAGAUUCAGCAAGUGGGCCGGUGGCAGUCCAUUGAUAGCAUGUACAGAUACCUGGGAAAUGCUAGAGCCCUGCCAGAUGAUGUUGGCCUACGAUGGCCCCUGAAGAAGCCAAUUUUAUUCGCGCCGAGAGAUUACUCCAUUGGGACAAUGAAGCCUCAUAGCUCUUCCGUAGCGAUUAGAGGCGAGUCGAGCACCUUCUCUUCUUCCAGUAGCCAAUACGGUGCCUCGAGCGAAGCUUGGCGUAGUCGACCUUCAGUGGCCCCCUACUAAUUCUCCCCCUUUAUAAUAAAUAAUUCUGGUCACAAAGGUGCGAAUCAAUCAACACAGGCGGUUUCUCUAAUAUUGUUUACGUUACGUUAGUUUUAUACUAUCUUUUCUCUUGUUUCUAGUUUCGUACUUUAUACACUUCUGCGUUUAUAUACUUUCAAAACAAAAUGGACCAACAACAAGCGGCUAAUGCCGGUAUACUCCCGGCGGCACCCGGGCCCCAGGAAGGUGGUGCACUAGUACCUCCAGCGGCUGCAGGUGUAAUGGGGCAUGGCCCAGGAGCUGCCGAAGCACCAGGAGUUCCUCCGUUGGGAGGUGACUUGGGUGCCUUCCCGCAAGAUGCAGGUCAGCCGCAACCGAUAGCUGCGAUGGCAUUUCCACCAGCAGCUCCUGCUGUAGUAAUGCAGCAGAUGAAUGAUAAUAUUUUACGACAGCAGGCCGUUCAAGAAAACGAAGGUCUGGGCGUCCCGACUGACGCACAAGUCAUGCUGGUCGUAGAGCGGUGUACCCAUCUUCGCCAUAAAUGCACACCGGCACAGUAUCUGUUCGUGCUCAGGCAGCUUCAAGCACGAAACUACGACCGAUUGAUUAAGCCCCCCGCAAAUCUGAACCUUUUCCCCCUGGCGCUAUUGGCUACCUUUCGGUGUACCCAGAUUAUCAACGACGCUGAUGCCAAUGCACUACAAGAAACGAUGAUGAAAGCCGUGGCUGGAUCUUUCGACCCAAAAUCCGACGAGCAAAAAUUGUCUUUGGAAGCGGUGUACGACCUGUUUUACUCGAUACUUAAGGUGAACCUCGCUCAUCCCACACCUGUUGCCGAAGGGCCGAAUUUCCAGCAGCGCCAACUGCAGGCCACCUUAGUAGGAAACGUUUUUCCGGACCUGGUUUCUCAGAUUGCAGUUGAGAAACGACGCGAAAGCGUCGAAGCUGAAGCCUUGAAGAAAAUGAGAACUGAAAUAGACAAACUAGUGCGUGAACAGGUGAACCAGCGAACAAGGGCAUUAGAAGCCGAGAUCAGAUCCUUGAAGUCGAGGAAGCCUUCCCCAUCUCACAAGGAUGACAGACCGGUGAAAAAGAAGAAAAGCGACGAUGAAAAAACUUGUUUGUUGUGGAUGGAAGGAAAGUGCCAAGGCAAGUACUGCCCAAAUAAAAACAAACAUGGAGGAGAUCUUAAAUUGCUGGAAUAUCUCAAUAAAGCAUUCCUGCAAGGAAGGCUAAACUCGGAUCAGCUGAAGAAAUUAGCUUCAAGCUGACAGCCAACAUUCCAAAAAGAUCAGAUACAGAAAGUCUCUUCCUUCAUCCCCCCCCCCCAUGAAAAACCAAGCAUGAAAAAUCUCUAUAGUUACUAAAAGCUAUUCUCUAGUGUGGUCAAGCGAACGUUCAUGCAUGUCAUAUUACACAUCCCCCCGCUCGUUUACUUUGCCUUCCCUUGAAGUAGGAGCGAUACUACCCUUGGAUUGAUACACAAUGCAAUUUUUGCCCAGUUUUUGUGAAACCCCCCCAUCAAAUCCUUCGAAACUGCAACUAGACGGUGACCACGCCUUGUCUGCUUGUAGUUUUAUUAGACUUUCUGCUGUUCCGUGACCGUGCCUCGCACUUGGUCUUUGACCUCUGUAAUAGUUGAGUAGAGUGGUUUCAUCUCGCAUGACCUUGCUCGACUUGACUUUAUUUCAGCUUUUCUCCAAAACCCCUCAACAGGAAAAGACUUCGCAAAAGCUUUCUGUCUUACCUAAACGGUAGCACCUCACCACAAAAUGAGUAUAGUAGAAACUGAUAUAUCUAAUCUUCGUUUCUCGCAAAACAAUAUUUCAAAGUUUUUCAACAAAGGGCCUUACGCCGGUCAAAGUAUCUUUACAGCGUUGAACUCAUUUACCCACCGUAGAGACAUAGACCUUACAAACGACUUAAAGAUUCGAGGCUACUUCAUCGGCGCCACACUGUACACAGCGAACAACAGGACAGUGGCCGCCUUGCGGAGCCUGCAGAAGAAACGCGGGUGGAAAAGUUUGCGGGUCAAAGUCCAUGUGGUUUCAUUCCUAGGCAACGAGUGGCGUCACACAACCACGAACGAGGGAAAGAGCAUCGCAGUCCGAGAAUACUAACGUCCACAAUAAGUGCUAGCGCAACAACUUCUCCCUUCUGAUUCCCUUUCCCCCCCCACCUGAUAGCUUACAUCAAGAUGGACUCAUUUGAUCAAGAAGACGAACCACCACUGUACUACGCCCCAGUCGAUGAGGACGGGGCACCACAGUACGACUACGACAACCCAGAUUCUUUUACUAGGCUGCAGCAAGAAAAGAUCCUUCACGAGCUCAAGCAACAACAAUGGGGCCACUUCCUGAGGCAGUCUCAUCUAGAACUACUACGUCUACAAAGGCGGGCAUACCUAGAAAAGAAAGAACGCGGAGACUUCGAUAAUUUAUGCAACGAAUUGAGAUCGCAGCUGGAUUUAGAUCUGACAGCGGCCAGCAAUGGCGACCUGCCUCCGGCGCUGCAUGGACUAAUAGUCAACAAAGGUUCCACAACCAACAAUGGACAGCCAACAUUGUCACUUCCAAUCGAAAGCCAUCGCUCGGAUGCAGAUGAGAUAAAUGCAAAACGAAGAAGAGCGUCGUCCGAAUUCCAGGAUGGUACCGAAGGAGGGCGCGUAGAUAUUAAUAAAGUAGACUACUCGCUAUUUACCAACCCUUUCUUCAAGAAGCUCAAGCAGCAGGCUGAAAACGCUAGGUCGGUGGUCGCGGGUAGCUCAUCUUCAUCAAAAGCAGUGCCAAAACAUUUCAUCCAGUGCAAAGCCGCGUCCUACCAAGUUUUCACGAAACCCGAGAUUUUGCAAGAUGUAGAAGAAUCCAUAGGGAAACCGACACUAGCUCAGCACCAGUCUCGACCCGUUUCCCCCUCAUCCAUCUCCGAAGUCAGCUCGCAAUUCUUUAUGUCUUCCACCGAAUCAGAGAAAAAACUGGUCCAAGGCGCAGUGAACAGCUGGAAGCCAGUACUCGAGACCGAUGCAGCUCGCGAUUAUGGCGCAGGUCCUACACUGCCAGACUACUUCACACCAACCAUCACAAAAAGCAAAACUUCGCUUCCCGAAGAAAUAAACGCCGAAGCUACGCGACUGGCGUCAUGGCUUAUUGCGGAAGAACAUAGUCUCAGGACGAAAAACGCAGAAUUAUUCAGCAAAAUGCCUCCUCACCUUAAAGUCGUUUACGAUGGCAAGAACUUCGCACUCGCUCACCGGCUACUAGAACUAGCAGUAUCUAUCGCCAGGGGUUGCGACGCCCUGGUCGACAAGAAUGCUGAAUUCAUUCUCUCAUGGAAGCGCAAAAUGAUUAAUGGCAUUUCCAUGGAUAAAGAGGUGGAACCAUGUGGCUUCUGGAGGAUGCUGGACUCGGACGAAGUCGAGGCGAAACGCGCAAUCGCUGAAGAGGCAGCCAGAAGAUCGCGUAUGCCUCCAGACCACAAUCACUGGGCACCAGAGGAGGACAUUGAGGUCUUGUGGAAGCAGUACUUGAAGAUGCACAAGAAAGGUUUCUGGCAGCCCGCUCCAAUCUCGUCCGUGACGGCCGUUGGAGGUGCUGUCCCGUUUCCGGUUCAUCAGCCGACUCCGGAGAACCCUACCAAGAUUCGCACCUGCGUUGACUUAAGAGGCCAGAACAAGCUUCAGGUAGUGAAAGAGCGCAUGCGUCUCUUGGGUUCCCGCGCAUCCAUCGAACUAUCUUGCGCGUUAAUGUCCGAACAUGUGGAAUGGAAAAAACGACAUCUCAUUUUACAGAAUAAGAAAGACGUUAAAGAGGAUGUGACUACGGAGAAGUCAAUCAGGCAGCAACUUCUUCGAGAACACCAGCAACUCUUCGACAAGUCGCAACCUGAAAACAAGAAGAUCUACCGAAACCCAGUCAGCAAGCCUGACCUUAAGUACAGCUUCGUGCCGGCCAUGGCAAAAGCGGACAUGGAAGGUUACUACUUCCAACACGGUACGGAAGAUCCAAGCAAGAACAUAAUGUUCUACCCCGUCCCCCACAGCGUGCCUGAUUCUCACCUCCAACCGGAUUCCAUCCAAGUGUCAUCGAAACCAGACAAUCAAGGACGUUUUCGCAGAUGGCAAGUGACCCCAUCUACGGUGGCUUUGUUUGGGGCACUCUCGAGCGUUCACGAGUGCGUUCAUACAAGCGAGAUUCAUCAGCUGAUUAUAGUAGUUCUACUCCAAGUACUCACCACUGCUUACAUAGACGACUUUCAUCCGCAAUGCAGACCAGAAUGUAUUACGAAACAAAUCGAAUUGGUCAACCUUUACUUAGGGCUCACAGGUUGGUGGCGAAGUCCCGAGAAAGACGAUCGUCACCAUCGCUUCCAGAAAUCGAUCACGGUCCUUGGAUUGGCCUACGAGAUAAACCCGGUUAAUCUGCGUAGUUUCGGGCUGAAGAUAUCAGUUAGCCCAGACAAAAUCAAACGUUGUGUGGAGUUGGGUGAUGCGCUUAUUCGCCAGUUCGCUGAGAAUCGGGUCGAGCUGUCUCUCGUCCUUACCUUUAGAGGGCUGUUCCGCCACUGCGCAUCAUUAGAUCGCCUCAAGAUCUUCAUCGCGAAAGGGGUCGAUUUCCUAGCAGACAACUUCGCGAGAUGCUUAAGCCAAACAGCCGAGAAAAACAGAGCGUUGGCCUCGAUUAAGCUGAUGGUGUGGGCGCUGCACCACAUUAAACCGCUGCACAUAAACCCAACUCGAGUUGACAAACCCGUCGGCCAUGCGUACUCGGACGCUGCCCUUGAGGACGUGCAAGGUCUCAACGAGAAGUUGAAACGUGGGCAGUUCGACAACCUCCAUGAUCACAAGAUGUCAAUUGGCGCUUACAUCAACCUCCCACAGGGCGCACGCUUUUUCCGCUUAAAGCUGAACUCAUUGCCCCGCUUCCUCUCCGGCGAGUACAUGCACAUAGGCAUAUUGGAAGCGUUAGCAGUGAACGUUUCCACAUUCAUUUGGGCACACCUUCUCCGAGACUACUUUCUCAUUCAGCACGUGGAUAACUUAGGCGACGUUUUCGCGCUAUGCGCGAACAGCACUAGAUGCCCACGCACUCAGAAACUCAGUGCGAGCAUCCAUCAGAAAAUCCAAGAUUAUAAUCUCGAUAUUUAUUUUACUUGGAUCUGCUCGGCUAGAAACCUAAGUGAUCCCCUGACCAGAGAAGAGCGAUUUCGAGCCUUUACUGAUUUCUUCUCUUUAGCAACCGAAGAACAAUUACACGCUGAUUUCAUCAUUCAAAACCCACACCUAUGGGGCGUCGCCCGUUAAAUCAAACAUCUCUUUGUAAAAUUUUUUCCUCUUCAUAAUUCUUUAGUUAUAGGACCCCCGAGUCAUAGCGCUGCUAAUGACGAAAACGGAGCCUCCUCCCAAGGAUCUCACUGGCCUCCCCCCAUAGUCAGUGUUGUGCAUCCAAGUAAAAUUUCACUUCUUCAUGGAAAUUGAUAAGUUAAGUGAUCCUGCUUGGUCCCAUACCUUAUCCUAGGCCACAUAAUUCGUGGCUCAUACAUGUGUGGGAUCCCCAGGUAUUGAAGGAUGUUUAAGAUCUUUGAUUGGCUCUUUGUACCAAGGACACUACGGUGGUCCUUUAAGCUCAACUAAAUACAAAUGCGUGAACACGUAGCAGAUCUGUUUGCGGAGUGUUCACCAACAAGCGAGAGACGCGAGAAAGAUCAAUGUUAAUUAUCUUGGCUGGAGAAGGUUUGGGAUAAUUGCGACUUUUCGUUUUCGGCGUGGUCGUGUUGUUCUUCCACGAAAAUUGGGCAGGACACCUGCAGCUGAAAUCCGGUCUUCCAGAUCCGGUUCCGCUGCAGAACAAAACAGGAACAACAGAAGCUAACACAUGCUCGCCUUUGCUUUGGUGCUAAAUAUUGAACUCCGCCAGGGGAGGGACGAGCUCUUAUCGUGGAUCAAACGCGUCGACUUGAACUUCUACAUUCUUCCUUGCACAACACUCCGAUUUUAGCUGUCUCCAGUUCUUUAGCGCGCGGUCUGAAUUGUUGACGUCCGCUUCGAAGCUACGCCUAAAAAUAAACGCUCCCUCCUGUGCCGAAAGGUCGUAGUCGUGUCUUUCAGGGGCCACUCGGAAGAUCGCAGCGUAUACGAGAAACACUACUUCUCCUAGUCUCUGACUCUGAGGAAGCGCGCUACUAGUAGAACAUCUCAUCUGACGUGAACACCGAGGGCGCGUCAAACGGAAACGAGCGGAAACAAGCCUUUAAGGCCAGUACAGCGUGCACGCCGCGGGGCUUUUAACGAAGUGCCCACAGUCUAUCACGAGAAGUUUUGAUAAGUAUUCUCUUCGGCGAUAGAAUUAGAAUAAAAUGGCGGCCGGCUCCGACAUAAAGUAUGUCUCCUUUGUCGGGAUAGGGCACUGCAAAAGCAGGAAUCUGGUUUGUACGUGGAAUUCGCAUAACAUGGGACCAGCGUACGAUGAUGUUAGAGUGGACACAGUAUCAUUAUGUAUGAUAACUUUCAUUUUGAUUGAUUCCUGUCGCGAUUCGACGUGUACAUACUCUCCUUCUUUUCUGUUAAUGAUAAAAGGUUAGUAUAAAAUUGCGCGUAUAGAUAUUAGAUAACCGUGGCGAAUCAUAAUAAAUCAGCGUGCUUACUUAUAUGUUUUGAUUAACUUUCAGGUCAAAAAAGUUGUUGGCGCAGCGACGAAAAGGUUAGAGCCAGGAACCCGUCAGCGAUUAGAGUGGGACGGAACAUCUCUCUAUGUCCUGAAAGACGCUCUCAAAGGCGACUACGUCUAUGUGGUAUAAGUUUUUGCAGAUAAGUUCAACUAGUAGUAGGUACUGAUAAACACGCGCAACGAAUUCCGUCACGAUCUUAUUGAUUUGUCUACUGAAAUGAAACGGCUGUUGCUCCAUUUGCCUAAUCAGCAUGUUGAAUGAUCUGAACGUACCCUGACGCUGCCCUCAUACCUCGCUCACGAUUCUCUAUUAGGUACUUGUAAACGAGGAGGAGGAUCAGGGUCACGAUGACGUUGCAUUUGGUGACGAUCUCGCAUAUAACCUGCUUCUAGACCUGAGAACAUACGUGGAACAGAGACGAUCAACAGAUAUGGAGUCAAACGAUGCGAUGUUUGAAGCGGCGCAGGACGGCGCAUCGGAGUUGUUUCGGGAUAAGAUAAAAAGUCUAGUACAAAAAUACGAUAGGGUGCCAGCACUAGAGGAAGUACUGGGAACUACUUUUUUCUCUGAUUUGGAUUUUAGUCACCAGGGGCCUUCAUUUUCAACACCACUGACUUACAAUUUUGAACAAUCAAUGAGCGUUGUCUCCCAAAAUUUGAACUUCGUUUCCCUUUGUGUGUCAGAGUCAGCCAAGUUUUUUUUCAAUUCUCCAUCAGGAGUCGGCACGAAAGCCAGUAGUAAACCAUGGAGAUAGCGACAGCGAAGACGAUUUGGAUUUCAAGCGGGAAAAAGGCGGAUGUUGCCCGUGCUUCGGCUAGGGAUGAUACCAGUGCGCAUAAAAGUUAGCUGAAUAUGCUUACGAUCAGCCUUUCAGUCAUGGAAAUGAUUUCAUUCUUAACACCUUCUUAGAGCUUUUGAUUAUUUAAUUAUCAUUCAUGAUCAUAUCACGCAAGUUAAGUAGAGCAGCUUCAUCAUACCACGCAGAGUCACACAGCAGAUAGCUUCAUUCAGAUCAUCGUUUCCGUCAUCGAGAAUCCACAUUAAGUACCUAGUAACAGCAACAAACAUGAACAUCAACACGUUUUCGUAUCCCAUACACUUGUCGUUCGCAGAGCCAAUAACAUAAGAACUGAAGCAGUUACUGUUUAUAGACCAGAAGUAGAGGCAUGUUAGAGUGCAAGUGGUAGUACCUAGUAGCAUUCAAUAUAAGUAGCCAAGGACGAAGCAACUUGUUCAAUAAGUAUCUCCUGAUAAAUUGAAUUGUGUACAUCAUAAUGCCUCGAAUAUUCCUCGUCUACUUUGGCCUAUAGUGCAAUGAAUGUUCUGCAAAGAAAGAGUAAAAAGUAAAUUCAUUCUGCAUCUAAAAUUUAGGUUCUAUUUCCAAAUCUAUUUACUAAUUCGUUCCUCGACGCGCGCUCCCCACGAUGUCCUGGAGGAAAAUUAGCAUCAGAAAGAAUAUCUAGUAGCUGAUGCAUGUUGUCCCGAUUUCUCUAGUAUCUGUAUCUUCUCUACACUUGGAUCGAUCUGUAGUACUACCAGAACACCUACGAGGAUUGAAGUAAAACUCGUUCCUGUCUACCUCCUGUUCGUCUGGUUGUAGGAUCAGAUUCAGACAGCUGCGAAAUGAAAAAAGAUGUGCCCCGCUUGCGCGAUCCUUCCCGAUCUCGCAUCACAUUUGAGUCCCAAAAUAAAACUAAUGAUCAGAGACUGAAAACGCAACCCGUUUCGAUCUUGAGCUCGGGAGUCCUGUCCAUGUCAUUUUUUAUACUAUGACCUACGAAGAACUGAUAAGUACCCA